GCCUUGCUGGUCUUAAUAAGCCGCAGUUUCGACGCACCCCCAACGCAUUUUCUUUUCCACCAUUCACCUCUCUCAGACUCUCACGGAUUUCUUUUGCUCUGGAGAAGCGAGAAUUAACAUUAUUCUUUCUUCUUUCCCCGGACUGAUUUUCAGGAAAACGAAAGAAAAAGAUGGACUUUGAUGACGAAGACAAACCGAAAGAGGUUUCCAAAGCCCGCAGAUUCGCACCUGGUCGUGCCGGAAAGUCCAAACCCAAACCUAAACCGGAACCCACUGCAGGGAAAGCGGAGCCGCCGUCACAGUCUGAUGCUCCGUCGGAGUCUGUGAGCAAGAGUGAGCACGACGUCGAUGCGAAAGUAGCUGGCCCCAAGGUUGAGCCUGAGGUCUAUAAUGGCCCCGUUAAAAUGGAGAUUGAUCCAAAAGUGGAUAAGUUGCCGGAGACUACGGAAGUUGAGCUGAUGGAGGAAGAUCAGGUUCCACUGCAGGAGGAGGAGAAGGCAGACAAAGAGGAAGAAGAAGAAGAAGAAGACGUUGUUGUUCGUGAAAUCGACGUUUUCUUCAAACCGUCUAUUGAUGCCAACACUAAGCUUUAUGUUCUACAAUAUCCUCUAAGACCUUCUUGGCGUCCAUACGAAAUGGAUGAACGCUGCGAAGAAGUCAGAGUGAAUCAUCAUACUUCCCAGGUGGAAAUUGAUUUGUCUAUGGAUGUUCAUUCAAGUAACUACGACUCCAAGUUCGGAAGUGAAUUACAAAUGACUAAGCAGACCUUGAAAACAACAUGGAAGCAGCCUCGUACGUUGGAUUAUGCUGUUGGGGUUCUUUCAGGUGAUAAGCUACACUUGAAUCCUGUUCAUGCUGUUUCUCAGCUACGACCGUCUAUGGAGUAUCUUUCAUCCAAAAAGAAACAAGCUGAAGCCACUGAAGAAUCUGCCGGAACAUCAAAAAGACAGAACAAUGGAGCGCAGGCUUCGGCGGAUCAGAUACCACAUCCUGAAGACACUUGGUUUUCGCUCAAGUAUCAUGGACUUCAAUCCGAGUUUUGCUCCAGAUAUCUUAACGGAAUGAUGGCGAAUGGGAACUCUUCAAUAGACUUCAACAUGAGCCCGGACGUUUAUAUCAACUCACUGUGCCGUGGGGAAAGCAGCAGAAACUCUGGAACGAAAGAAUCAUCGAGAAGGGCCUUGACCUCCCUACCGCUUGAAGAACGUGUGCCAAAGUUGCUCUGCCAGGGGCCUCCGUUGUUCCGAUACAGUGUUCUUAAGCAUUACGCCCCAGAGGUUUCAGACGAGGAUUUCUUAACGGUCCUCCAACGACAUGGCUGGUUAGUUCAAGGUUUAUGGACUCCCAAAACCAAGCUACUAAAUCUAGACGCCCCCGUAGAGGCUUCCAGGGAUUAUGUGCUGGUGCUGUUCAACAAGGGAUCAACAGUAAAGUACUCUGAAGUUGAAGCAACAGGUCGCCUUAGGGAGAAGGUGAAAUCUAUGUUGACUGUAUUUGCCAAAGAAAGGCCUCUGCUACGUGAUUGGAAGUUCAAAGAGCCCACUGAUGUUUCCUUCAUAAAAUCCUACCCGGGGAUUGCUGAGGAGCAAGCAGUUUUUUGGAAGGCUAUGGACGAGAAGCUUACAUCAAAGAUAACCCAAGGAGGAAAAAAUAGAGCUGAUACCUCGAGGAACGCUGCAGGCAAAAAUCCUUCGGCUACAGUUAAACCAGAGAUCCCAACAGCUAUCUCUGACAAAGGAGGGAGUUCAAGAAAUACAAUACCUCGUGUUGUUAGACAGAAAAUGCCAGAGGAUGUUCGGAGGGCGAUACCAAAGGCCUUGAAAAAGGUUUUUCAAGCUCAAAAAGUUUGCAGCUACGAGACGAUCUGCCAAAAACUUAGGGAUCUUGCAGUUUCCACAUCGAAUAAUCCAAAAGCUGAUUCAGGCAUGGCACAGCAAGUGGCGUUAGCUGUGGAUGCUCACCAAGAAGAGCUCCAACAAAUUAUAAGCGAAGUGACUGUUAACAUUCACGGCUCUUUUGUCUCCAAGUCGUCUCCGGACCAUCCAGAAUGUGACCACUUCAGGGAAGUGGUGAUCAAUCUCUUACACGGAUCUGGACCUGGAGCGAAGAUUAUGAAAGCUAAUGUAUUUGCAGCAGUGAAGGACCAUCUUAAUGAUGACAUCAACAACAACGACUACCUAAAGGUGAUGCACGACCUCUGUGAAACCAGCUCUUCAGGAUGGGUUUUACAGAAAGCUCGAUGAUGUGACAUUAGAGAAAAGGGUUUGGUGAUUUACAAGUUUUUGAUAGAUCAGGGAGUUUCAUUUUAUAACUUUGAGAUACUCUCGAGUGGUCUUACAUCGUCCUACUCUUUUACUUGGCUAGCAAAGUUAGAUUCGGUUCAGGUUUCCUGUUUUGUCUACUUUACAAUUGAGAACUUAACUCAAUAGUCAUCUUCAGAUGUACAUGCGAAGAAAAGAAAUAUAAAAUAUGGAUUUUGAAGAAAGGGAAACUAAAAUACUUGAACUACUCAAUCCAAAGGUUUCACAAUUGAUGUGAUCUCAAGUAAAUAAAAUUGAAACAAAAAAGUAAUAGUACAGACGCAUAAUCUGUUGUUCAUAAAGGGAGCCAGAGAAACAUUGUCAAAUCUAUAAAGUUACUUGGAAGAGGCUGCAGAUACCCAAACUCAUAAAUUACGUCAUUUCUUCUUGUGUGUUGUUUCACCAUCUUCAUUCGCAGCUAAAGAUCCCUCAGAAUAUGUGCACCAAGUCAUAAGCGAAUCUACUCCAUUGAACAGCACAAACGACUGCAAAAAGGCCACCAAGAAAGCCGUCAAAGAGGACCCGGUUCCAUGAAUCAAAGUACAACUCUGCUGAGAAUCCUGCCUUGGCCAUGAGACCAACGGAUGUGAUCAGCAUCACCACAAAGUAGAAUACAAAACCGGCCAAGCCUGUGAAUCCAAUGAUUCCUGCAAGGACUCCAGCGAUGAUAGACAGAAACGUCCGGCUAUUCCAUAGUCAAUGCAACAAUGGUUUAUCGAUCUCUUAGCUCAAUUCCGAUCUGCUCUGAGAUCUACACAGACCUUGCAAAAAGGAAUUACAAAAAAAGCAAACUUACAAUUAGAAACGAGACCAGGAGGAUUGAAGCAACUUAUUUGCUCGGAAGGAAGUAAUCGAGAGGACGAGUGAAUUUGAGAGAGGGAGAGAGAAAGAGAGGGCGAGGAAGAAGAAACAGACGAGCUUUUCGAAAGGUCUGCUAUAAUUUUG